UGUUGAAUUCCUCUCAUCAGCCCUCAGACAGUGUGAGAAUAAAGCAGCAGAUCUUCUCUUGAUCUUCUUGAGACUGUUUCCAUCUGAUGAAAUAAUUCAUGUCAUACUCAGCAGGAACAGGACUAAAGACCUGCAGCACGGUGUAGCAGGUUGUGGUGUUUCUACAGGAGAGCAGUGAUCUCCUCAGCUCUGAAGUCUGACCCCUCCCAUCUGAAACAUCUGAACCUGAGUGACAACUACCUGGAGGAUUCAUCAGUGAAGAUUCUGUGUUCUGGACUGGAGAGUCCAAACUGUCAACUGGAGACUCUGAGGUUGAUGGGCUGCCUGUUCUCAGAGAUCAGCUGUUCUUCUCUGGCCUCGGCUUUGAAGUCCAACCCCUCCCUCCAGAAACAUCUGAAACAUCUGGACCUGAGCAGGAACUAUGAUCUUCGUGAUCCAGGAGUUUCUCAGCUGUGUGAUUUUCUGCAGAGUCCACUCUGCCGUCUGAAGACUCUGAGGUUGACGAGCUGCAGGUUGUCAGAGAUCAGCUGUUCUUUUGUGGCCUCAGCUCUGCAGUCCAACCCCUCCCUCCAGAACUAUCUGGAACAUCUGGACCUGAGCUUGAACCCUCUUCAGGAUCUCGGAGUUGAGGAGCUGUGUGGUUUUCUGCAGAGUCCACUCUGCCGUCUGAAGACUCUGAGGUUGACGAGCUGCAGGUUGUCAGAGAUCAGCUGUUCUUUUGUGGCCUCAGCUCUGCAGUCCAACCCCUCCCUCCAGAACUAUCUGGAACAUCUGGACCUGAGCUUGAACCCUCUUCAGGAUCUCGGAGUUGAGGAGCUGUGUGGUUUUCUGCAGAGUCCACUCUGCCGUCUGAAGACUCUGAGGUUGACGAGCUGCAGGUUGUCAGAGAUCAGCUGUUCUUUUGUGGCCUCAGCUCUGCAGUCCAACCCCUCCCUCCAGAACUAUCUGGAACAUCUGGACCUGAGCUUGAACCCUCUUCAGGAUUCUGGAGUUUCUCAGCUGUGUGGUUUUCUGCAGAGUCCACUCUGCCGUCUGAAGACUCUGAGGUUGGCUGAAUGCAGUUUGUCAGAGAUCAGCUGUUCUUCUCUGGCCUCAGCUCUGAAGUCCAACCCCUCCCACCUGAAGGAGCUGGACCUGCGUUCCAACUGGCUGCAGGCUCCAGAUGUGCAGCAGCUGGUUGAUCUUCAGCAGAGUCCAGACUGCAGCCUGCAGACUCUGAGGUCAAGGACGACUAUAAGGAUGACUCUGAGGACGACUGAGAGCAGAGCUUCAUCCAGAGGACCUAGCAGAAGCUCUGAGUGUCAGUGGUACAGUGUGAAGAGCUGUGAGAGUCCAGCAUCGAACCAGGGUUCCUCAGGAUGUGACAAAGAUUAAUCGCUGUGUGUCCUCCUCCUCCUCCUCCUCCUCCUCCCUGUUUGAGACAUUCCUCUUUCUAAUCAAUCUCAUCAUCUUGUGGGCUCUAAAGAACUGAUGUUGACUGAAAAUCUAAAAUCAAUUUGUGAACUGAAGUCUGUCAGGAAAUUCCUUGUUAUCAGUCUUUUCAUGUGAUCUGUAAUCCAUUUCUCUCUGAGCUCAGUCAAUACUGAACAGUUUUCAGUAGCUUAAAUGAAAGUGAGCAUAAAGAAGAAUGAACUAAUCUUCUCUGCUCCUUCAUCUCAUGUCAUCAUAUUCUGUCAAUAUUGAAAACCAGCAGCAAACAACAGAAACCCCAGAGGAGAACCAGCAGACAACUCCCAGACAGCAGCAGAGUGAGCGGCCUGCAGCCUCUCUGGCUCUUCACACUGCUGCUUCAUAUCAGAUCCUCUUUGUGCUUCUUUGUGUUUUGAUGGUGACUCGGAUCUAAAACAUAGUGAAUGUGGUGUGUGAGUUACAUUCUUCUGAUUCUAGAUCUAGAUUGUUCCAUAACUGGACUCCUUGUACUGAACUGCAACGUUCCCUCAAUGUGGUUCAACAUUUAGGUUUGGUGAAGAGCCUGUUCCUUGAAGUUGUAGUUUCUUUCUCUUUUUUUAAAUCUGCUCUGAAUAUCUAUGGCUGAAGUGUUCUUUGUACUUUAUACAUAAUUUGCAGAAUAUUGUAAUCCACCAUGCCAUGAAAUUUCAACGAUUUUAACUAAAACAAUAUUCGUAAUUCAAGAAACUUGCUUAAAACAAUCAAUAAUUCAAGUGAUUUCAAUAGAAAGAUAAAACCGCAACAUUAACCCCCCCCUUUUUUUUUUCUUAUUCUGCUGAAAAAGGAGUGGGAAGAAGAGAACUUGUUUAAUCCCAGUCCAAAGUCCUCAUCAGUCACUUGAUGGUGAAUUUUCAAACGCUUCCUGUCAUCAAGUCAAAGACAGCGAGAACCAGAGAGUAACGGGCUCAACAGCAAGUGUUGAAUAAUGCACCUCGAUGCCCGCGUUAUUCAGGACUCGCCGCCCACAAAGGAGAUAAAUGACGUGACUAUAGCUGACGUUGGAAUCACGAGCGCCGUGUGGCCUUCCGCACCUCAACAUGAGAGAACCAUAUCAUGAAGCUCCAAAUAGAGUCCCUUGAGAGAAGAGUGGAGCAAUAUCGAACUGCUCUUCAACGUUUCCGCCCCCACAGGAAGCAGUUCCCACUGGACCUAACAAUACCCCAAGCCAUACUGAGUGGUGCACCACUGCUUGUGUCCCUCUGUUUGGUAGUUACAGUCACACGGUUAGUAUUAAUCAUUUAUUAGUGUGUGAACCACGUUAUUAAUCUUUUUGAGUGAAUACUUUUAGUAUAUUCAUACGUGUGUGCUGAAACCAAGUGAAACUAAUAUUUGUGACUCCGGAAGGGCAAACAGGUUUUUAAAGCAAUGAGAGAACGUUGUGGAAACGCUGUGGAGCUGUCAAACAGCUGUCAGGCCACUUUCUUUGGCGUCUUACCGGAAUCUGUUGGGAUCAAUUGGAAAUCAGAUCGUUGUUUCUUCAUGGGACUCAAAUAAAUCACGCUUUACU